ACACAGCGCCGGGUCCCGGCGCAGGAGGCGGCGGCUCGCGGUGACAGCGCGCGGCACCGGAGCGAAGUACAGCGGCGCAAACAUCGACGAGCGGCCGCGAAACCUUUGACUUUUAAUCACAACAAGAAUAAUAAACAAGCCGUUUUCUGUCGGUGACCUCUGAACCCGACGACAUGCAGCAGGCCGAGUCGGGGAUCGUCGCCGACUUCGAGGCGGGAGAAGAGUUUCAGGAGGAACCGAAAACAUAUUACGAGCUGAAGAGUCAGCCGCUGAAAAGCAGAUCCGGUCUCGCUGGUGCUCACUUCUCAACACUCGCCUACAGAUGCUCCCCGUUAUCACUGGUUCUCCUCUCGGGGGUCGAUGCCAGCUGCAGCUCAACGGGCAGCAGCAGCCCAUCGGACCAGCGCGACUCCUCCAAGCCCCCGCUGAGCUCCUCGGCCAUGACAUCACGCAUCCUGCUGCGCCAGCAGCUGAUGCGGGAGCAGCUCCAGGAGCAGGAGCGGCGGGAGCAGCAGCGGCAACAGGCCUCCCACUUCCCACAAGGCACCGCGUCGCAGACGCCCGCCAUCAACGUCAGCGUGCCGCCGGCCGCACAGGUGCCGAUGGAGGUGCUGAAGGUCCAGACUCACCUGGAGAACCCGACCAAGUACCACAUCCAGCGCUCGCAGCAGCAGCAGGUGAAGCAGUACCUGGGGAAGCUCGGCUCCCAGGCGUUGAGCUUGCCCUGCCCCAACCAGGCCUUGGACCACGGGGGCAUGCCGCCAGGGCCGGGCAACAGCGCCCCCAACAGCCCCAUGGCCUUACUGACCCUGAACUCCAACUGCGAGAAAGAGAUGGAUGAUGUCAUCGAUGACAUCAUUAGUCUGGAGUCCAGUUACAGUGACGAUAUCCUCGGUUUGAUGGAUCCGGGACUUCAGAUGGCGAACACGAUUCCCGUUCCCCCGAACCUCAUGGACAUGUACGGAAAUCACGGAAUGUCGCAGCAGGGUCUUCCCAUCAGCAACUCCUGCCCGGCCAACCUGCCCAACAUCAAAAGGGAAUUCUCCGUGUCUCAGUCGCCGGCCGUCAUGCACAUGCUGGACAAGUCCGGAUCCUGUGGCAAGUUCGACAGCUACCAGCGUCCUGACGGUUUCCCCGUGGAGGUCCGAGCGAUGGCGAAGGAGCGGCAGAAGAAGGACAACCACAAUCUGAUCGAGAGAAGAAGACGGUUCAACAUAAACGAUCGGAUCAAGGAGUUGGGAACUUUGAUCCCGAAAUCCAACGACCCGGACAUGCGCUGGAACAAAGGAACCAUCCUGAAGGCGUCGGUCGACUACAUCAGGAGGCUGCAGCGGGAGCAGCUGAGGGCGAAGGAGCUGGAGAACCGUCAGAAGAAGCUGGAGCACGCCAACAGACACCUGAUGCUGAGGAUACAGGAGCUAGAGAUGCAGGCUCGAGCUCACGGUCUGUCCAUCGCCUCCUCCCUCUGCUCCGCCGACCUCGGGCCCCGGUCCAUCAAGCAGGAGCCCGCCCUGGACGACUGUCACCAGGACCUGUACACGUUCCACCCGCACCACCAGCACCACCACCCGGCCUGCACCCCCGAGCCGCCGCCCGGCGCCCUGGAGCUCGGCGAGGGCCACGUCGCCGACUACCCGGACGGCCUCUACGGCGUCCACGGCAAGCCGAGCUCCAAGCUGGACGACAUCCUGAUGGAGGACGAGCUGUCGCCGGUGAGGGGCGGCGACCCGCUGCUCUCGUCCGUGUCCCCGGACACGUCGAAGGACAGCAGCCGCAAGAGCAGCUUGAGCAUGGAUGAGAACGAGCAGUGCUGUUAGCACCCCCUGCUGGAGGACACCUCCACCUGCGCCCGCUGCGUCAUGGAUGCUGACGAAUCGUCUUUGUGCCAUUUGUUGUUUAGUUUUUUUAGGGGUUUUUUACGUUUACAUGCGUUGAGUUUUUUUGUGAUAUCUUCAAAUCCUCAACCCUGAUUUCAAAGACUGUUUACUUUAAUCAAUGCUUCGAUGACAAUGAGGUACAAAAAUAUAAGUUUUUGUAUUUAAAUUUAUAUAUAUAUAUAUAUAUACAUAUAUAUAUAUAUAUAUUUGCAUUUAUCUUUGGACAAAGGCUAGAUUAUGUUUAUUUCUAUUGAUUCCAAAGAAUCUAGGGAAGUUAUGAAUCAUGGUCAGACGUGUAGAUAUGUUAUGGUGAGAAGAACACUGCUCUUUUUUAAAUCACUAGCAAUAAUAGAAGAAGAAGAAAAAAGUAACCUAUUUAUUACUGUAGUGCUUUACACUCCUCGUGUCUUAGGUUGAACUCCAACGUGCCGAGGCCUUAUGAAGAUGAGUAUGAUUCAUCCGUGUUCUGUUGCUAUGCACAUGUUCCGACUGUUCGCCGAGUCGUCGUCAGUCUUCCAGUUGGAAUCUCUUCUUCCUUGAUGAAUAUUAAUCCUUCUGUAGAUUUGAUCUUAUUUAUGUGUCUAUGUAAACUAGGACUUUGUGUACACAUUCCCCUUGAAAAUUUAUUUAUAAAUAAGGCUUUUUAAAAAGAGCCUGAGGUGAAAAAUAAAAGCACAAAAAUACAAACAAUCUUUAGCUUAAAAAAACAUAUUUUUUAAUUAUCCUUGAUAAUUAAAAUGAACAAAAUCAGCAUUGAUAAUUUUAGUCUAUUAUUCUGUACCAUGACGUCAAGAUGCUGCAACACAUUCCUCAAACCACUGGAAUAAUUUAACAAUAGACUUGAUUUUUUUCUUUUUAAUAAUGAAAAGACGCAAAAAUGAGUAGAAAUCCAGCUCAAGUCAAAAUGACGGCCUUCGCAGAUUUUACUCAACAUUUGUUAGAUAAUUCUCAGAAUAUUUCAUAUGUGAUGGAUUUUUUAACGAAAUUUUUUUCUACCGUAGUGAUCCGAACGGAACCGAUCGUAUUUCAGCACUUGUAUUGUAAAACAUCAAACGUACUUUUUAUAAUUGUCCAUCCGUUUCCUAAAUUAUUGUUUGUAAACCACUGCGAUGACAUUUCACAUUCACUAUGUUCUUGUUUUUUAUUUUGCAAACGGAGUAUAAGGAGACCGACCGCUUUGGGAUUUUGUACGAAACGCACGACAUUGUCGAAAACACUGGAACGACGUCUGUAGAUCGAAAUGUGGUGUUUGUCUUUUUAUUUUUAUUUUGUAUCUGAGCAUAAACUAACUAUUGUAUUUGGCUUUUUUUUUCAAAUGCAAACAGAAUAUUGUCUGAGAUGAUGUGACUCUUUAUGGAGCGUGUUGUGGUCGAACCUGUUGCCGCCUCCGACUCGUGACAAUGUGAUCGAUAAUUCUCACGCAGAAUCAACGUGACAAUGUUUUUUGUUUUUUUUUAUUGAUUUGAGUGCCUUACUGUCAUUUCUGUUGCCAUGGCGACGAUGUAAGCGGAGCGACGCAACACUUCCUGAAGAGCAAUACAGUAAACGAACCACAAAGACCGAGCGUUACGUGUUAAUAUGAAAGAAUUUAACAUUGUGAAAUGAAUAAUCAUAAAAAGUAAAUACAGUCAAAUAUAAUUACUAACUAAGUUAUUAAAAUCAUUAUUUUCUGAUGUUAUAUCAUCACUCUUAUUCUCGUAGCUGCGGAGUUUUAUUUAUUUUAUUUUUCUUAUUUUGAGUAAAGACAUUUUUUAUGUUCAAGUGCCUUUUUUCAGAAGUGUUUUUAUUUCCUGUAAUAUCACGUUCAUGAAACGUUGCUAUGACAAUAAGAAUGAUGGAACAACAUUUCUUAUCAAUGCUUUUGAGUUUAAUAAUCAAACAUAUGAGUAAUUGUUGGAUGGGUUGUUUCUCAUCAGCCCCAGAAUAAUUUUUUAAUAACUUAACUUUCAUAUCACAUCAACACCAGGUCAUCGUUUCAAUCUGUCCUUUACUUUAUGAUUAUUUAUUUCACAAUAUCGUCGGAGCUUCUCCCGUUGUGCACGUGUUUUUUAAACUUACGAAGGUCAAAUUCUACACUGAAGAAAAGUUGUUUUCUUUUUCCAAAGUUAUGCUGAAAACUCCAAAAUAAUUUUUCAGACUAGUAUGAAUGUAGUUUACGCUGAAAACUGCCAAAAAUGUGUUUUGCCAAAAUCAAAUAUAUGGUACGUGUGUGUGAAGAUAUGAAAAGCUUGUUCUGUUUCUGCCUCGUGAUUAAAAGUCAUAACUAAGCGAUCAGACGAAAAAACACAGUUCAAACAUUGUGAAAGAAAAAAAACUAACUUAACUCGAGAUCCACUUUUUUCCAGAGCUUCCAACUGCUUCUCUCCGUCUUCAUCAGUAGACGGAUUUUCCUUGGUCGUCAUCACAACCAUAAAAUCCUAAAUGUGUGGAGCUGCAGUCACGUGAAAACAAUAACCCACUGGUGAACACCAGGACCUGAAAGCUCUGGAGAGAAGGGGGACUUUGAUUUAACGUCACGAUGGAACCAAUCGGAGAGUCGGAGCCUGUACAAACGACUAAACUCAGAUCAGCUGAUAAAACAUCCGAACCCUGAAAUGUGAGACGGAACGUCAGCAUCACACAUACAUCGAUAUUCCAGCUGUCAAGUUAUUCCGUUAUGACUUAUGGUUAAACCACUGAAGAAGAACGCUCUCGUCCCUGUAGUUCGUACCGACACGUUCCUCCUCCUCCUCUGAUGAUGAUGAUGAUGACGAUGCUACUGUUCUUAUUGUUACACUUUGUAUGAGGUGAAUGUAGCAGCGACUACUGUACGCGCUCAAACUCAUUGGUCCUCGACAUGGAAACGAUGUUGUGAGAAAUAUUAAAACUUUUAUUUGAACGUU